AUCAUUCGUUCUGCACGCUACAACCAGCACCCAAGGCCUUCCUUACUUUCGUUCCUCUCAUCUUUUUUCUUCCACAAAAAGUUUUUCCUCCUUGCCAUCACCACAUACUUUUCGGAGCUUCAGAUUAUAACACAUUAUCAGCAACGACAAUGACCAAGUCCAACAAUCCCUCCUUCCCAUCCUCCUGCCGCAUUUCUGCCUUGCAAGGCUCGCAAGAAUUGACGGAGACGCCUAGAUCAGCUCCAGGAGACCAACUUGAACGCAGCAGAGGAAGGAACUUCGGCGGAGGCACUGUCUCCUCAGCGAAACUCCACAACAUUAUUGAAGACGUUCUGGCCUUGAUUCAAGAAGAUGAACACGAAUUUGAAGACUGGGGGCUCGGCAUCACCAGGACCAACCAGGGCAAGCAGUAAAAGUAAGCGCCUGAAAACUCCCUGAAAGUUGGCUGUGUACGGUUUCCAAGUCACUUCCAGGAAGUUUCAACCAGCCAUAGGUUGACUAUCUAUGUACAAGCAAGUCCAUACCGGUACUGCAUUGCAUUCAAGUUUCAAUGGAGCCUCCCAAGAGCAUCGAGCAAGUCAAUUUUGCAAUUUAGCCAAGCCAAUACAACGCUAAGUGGCCAACCACCCUCACAUGAGUGCAAGCAAGCAAGUUCCUGAACAAUGAAUACAAAAGAAGUGGUGUCGUUCUCAGUACAGUACUACUACAAGAUCCAAAUCCUAAUGAGCAAUAGACCCAACUUCAUUCUGCAUUUUUAAAAUCCUGUUUUAUCCUC